UGAUAAUAUUUAAUUUAGGCCAUAAUUUAUUAAUGUUUGCUAAUCUUCCUGGAAAAGUAGCCCUGAUAACUGGUUCAACAAGUGGUAUAGGUUUGUCUGUUGCAAAGAAAUUGGCAUCUUAAGGUGUUCACAUAGGACUGAAUGGGUUUGCAAAACCUGAGGAAAUUAGUGUAAUCAGAAAAGAAAUAGAGAACUAAUUUAAAGUAAAGACCUUUUAUCAUGGUGCUGAUUUGAAAGAAGGCCCUUAAGUUAAAAAUAUGGUGUAGGAAACUAGGAAAGCUUUAGGAAGUGUUGAUAUCUUAGUAAACAAUGCUGGAAUUCAAUAUAUUGAGUCAGCAGUAAACUUCCCAGAAUAGAAAUUCAAUGACAUAAUUGCAAUUAAUCUCACAGCAGCAUUUCUUACAACUAAAUAUGCAUUACCAUAAAUGCUUGAUAGAAAUUGGGGUCGUAUCAUCAAUAUUGCUAGUGUUCACGGUUUGGUUGCAUCUGUAAACAAAUGUGCAUACGUAGCAGCAAAACAUGGAAUAGUUGGAUUAACAAAGGCAACAGCACUUGAAGUUGCCAAAACAGGAGUUACUAUUAAUGCAGUUUGUCCUGGAUGGGUAAUGACCAAAUUGAUUGAGACAUAAAUCUAAUAAAGGGCUGAUUAAUAUAAGAUAUCAUUUGAAGAAGCUUAAAUUAAAUUAUUAGAAGAAAAGUAACCUUCUGUAACACCAGUUUAAACUGAAUAAUUGGGAGAUUUGAUUACAUUCUUGUGUUCUGAUUCAGCUUCAUAAAUAAAAGGAUCUGCAUACACCAUGGAUGGAGGAUGGACAGCAUAAUGAUUUAUAAAUAAUUAUGAAAAAUUAAUAAAUCAUCGUUUU